UCUGGCCUAACUCCCCUGCAUGUGGCAUCUUUCAUGGGACACAUGAACAUUGUCAUCUACCUGAUCCAGCACAAUGCCAACCCCAACACAACCACUAAUGGGCUGACCCCACUGCAUGUGGCCACUCACUACAACCAUGCCAACGUGGCACAAUUGUUGCUGGAGAAUAAGGCAGACCCACAUGCCACUGCCAAGAAUGGACUGACCCCCAUGCACUUGGCAGCUCAAGAAGAUCAUGUGCCGGUGGCGGAGAUUCUGUGCAAGUAUGAGGCCGAGACGGACACCAGCACCAAGGCUGGCUACACCCCGCUGCACACCGCUUGCCACUUUGGCCAGGUCAACAUGGCCCGCUUCCUGCUGAACCAUGGUGCUUCUGUCAAUGCCACGACUAAGGUUGGUUACACUCCUCUUCACCAAGCUGCCCAACAAGGUCACGUCCAGGUGGUCAGUCUCCUCCUGAAGAACCAGGCCUCUCCUAAUGAAGUCACAAAU